AUGUCGCUUCAUUCGUUUUUGGCAUUGGACACAACGGAUGAGACGGACUCGGACAAAGAUCUCGUGAUUCAUUCGUUGAAUGAGUCCUUGCAUAUCCACAAGGAGAUAUUGGAACGAAUUCAGUUGGAAAAAGACACGUAUACGGCACAAGUGGAGAAGGAACGACAGAACGAGCGGGAGGAACGAGAAAGUACAAUGCAUGUACUUGAGCACCAGAAAGAAGAGUACGCACGAUUGGAAACGGCAUAUGAAUCCCUGAAAAAGGAUUUGGAAUCCAUCAAGGAAGAGUAUAAACGUAUGGAAAAUAACUUUUAUGCUCACGUACGACAAAUUCGAGCGACGGAUGAUGAUUUGUCGACCAUUCAAUCAGAAAUCAGCCAUUUAUCCAGCCAAUGCAACAAUUUUUGUAUGGGACUUAAGCCCAUUUUAGAUCGGUCUCUCGGAACUCAGUUCGUUUGGGACCAGUGGCCUGAGAAGGAAGCAGCGAUACAACGCUUGUUCAAGGGAGACGACGCGACGACGCUAGAACCCGGAUACAUCACCAUGUUCACGGAAAAGUUUAUUGCGGAAACCAUCCUCGAACACGUGCUCGAACCGCCAAUCCAUAUGGGCGUGUCGGUCAACGAAGCGUACAGGGCACUAAGUGCUUGGAUCGAGUCACGCAACACGGAAUGGUCGAACAGGUUACGACAGCAAGUGUGUGCGCUGAUUGCAAAGCAUGCAGAGACGGAGCAGGAAAACAUCGAUCAAGCCAUGGAAGAGUUGACCGAGUAUAUCAUGAAACAACUAGCGCGUGUGUACCCGAGGAUUCAUCAGAAGGAACAGCACAAGAACAAGAUCAUGCAACUCGUAAAGCGAGCGGCCAAAUUAAACUUGGCUAUGAAAGGACAGGAGAUCAAGAUUGAACGUAUUGCGAUAGACGAAGGGUGUGCAUAUGACAGUGCACUGAUGAAAGCUGCCAGUAAAGGUAAACCGGAAGGAACGGUACUGUUUGUGAUCACGCCCGGUUUUGCCGCCAACGAUCCAAAAGACGAACAUCACGGUUUCGUUGUACCAGCCAAAGUCUAUUGUGUGUGA